UGAACACCUAAAAAAUUUUCAAAAAAUAUAUAUAUUUAUAUUUUCAUUAUGCGAAUAGUAUUGAUUAAUACAGAAAUUAAUAGAGCAUUUGCAUCAAUCAAUUAUGAAACUCAUAAAAAUAUAGACGAACAAUAUCAAUUUAUAAAACAGACUGUUCUUGCUAAUGAAACUUUUACCGAUGAUGAAAAAACUGAAGCGAUAAGAAGAAUAAAUAAAACUUACGAUCACAAUAAAAUUUUUCAUAAUAUAGGUACAAAAAGAAUUUGUGAAAUUUGUAAUUGUGAAUGUUUAGCUACAUUAUAUUGUGAAUAUUGUAUUAGAAAUUAUUUAGAAAAAAAAUUUCCAAAUUGGACAUCUGGAAAUAAUGAUAUUGAUAAUUUAAUAAAAAAAUGUCAAAUGGAAACACGUAGACCAGAUGUUGUAAUUGAAUGGAUUCCAUACAAUAAUUUACAAGAUAUUGAAUAUCUUACAAAAGGUGGAUUCUCAGAAAUUUAUACGGCAAUUUGGAACAAUGGAAAAUAUCAAAAAUGGGAUUCUGAAGAACAACAUUUAAAAAGAUUUGGAGGACAAAAAGUGAUACUUAAAAGGCUAGAACAUGUUGAAAAUGCAAAUCAACGUUGGUUUAAAGAGGUUUGUAAUUUGAAGUUAUUUUAAAUUAAGUAAAUAAUUUAUUUUUUUUUAUUGGUAAUAAAUUUUGAAAAAAUACUUUAUAGGCCGAAUCACAUUUGACUAUAAGCAGUAAAUCUCCAUAUAUUGUCCAGUGUUAUGGUUUAACACGAGAUCCAUCAAAUGGAGAUUACAUGCUUGUAAUGAAUAGAAUGGAUUUGAAUUUAAGAGAAUAUUUACAGCAAAAAAAUA